AGUCCUUACUUUUUUACGCUUAAUAUUUUCCAAUUCCUUUUGUUUCCUCUCUCACUCUCUCUUUUCUAUUGCCAAACCCUAGCCGCCGCCGUGCACUCCUCCUUCUCCUCCGUUUUCUCAACUCUUUCUCAACCGUCCCAUCCAUCCACUGCCGUCAAACUCAAAUUAUCUACCAUCCUUCUCAUCAAUUUUUCUUUGUUUGAUUUACUGGAUUUUGUUGUUUUUAUGUUUUCACAAAUCUUAACAGUCUUCUUUUUGUUUUUCUAUCAUCCCUACACAAGAAGUAAGAUAUAAAACUGCUCAUGGUUGAGGAACAAAGAGGCUACAUGGUAAAUAAUAUAAUCUUUAGAUCGACAAAUUUCUCUUCAGAUCUAUAUGGUAUAUAAAUUUUUUCAGAUCUUACAAUAUGUCCUUGUUGGAUCCAUAGAUCUGUGAAGUUGUAUAUUGAGAUAGGAAACUCUAAGGAUUGGAGGUUUGAAUGAAGAAAAAAAAAAGUUUAGAGUGAAAUUGACAAGUCAUGUUGGCAUUGAAAUAAUUCCUUCAAGUGUUUAUGGAUUUUAAGUGUUGUAAUAUUUUUUUAAUAGUGUUUUGUUUGAAUAUAUAAUGUUAUUGAAUGUAUUUUAUAUAGUUUGUUAAUUUAAUUGGACCAGAAUUAAAAUGAUACAACAAAAAUGAGAAAGAAUGACAUGCAAAAACAAAACCAUCUAAAAUUAUCCUAAAAAUGAGACAAAAAGAUCAAAAAUUAAAAUAAGGCCCAAUUUACAUAAUAAACGAGACAAAACAACCUAAUUUAAAAUUGAAUGUGGCCCAUUAAAAAAAAUUAUUUGGGUCACAAAUGGUUCAACCCGUAAUAAACCACCCGUUUGACCCGUUAUCCGCUGGACCCGAACCCGUUUUACCCGAACCCUAAAAUCAGUUCGAUAUGGGCCAGUAGAUAUGACCCGUGGAUUGGGCCGGUUUGAGGUUUUCGGCCCAUACCGACCCAAACCGGCCCGUUGUCCACCCCUACACCCACACACCACACAUCAUUGAUUUUGAUUCAUUAUUAUUAUACUAUCAAUCAUCGUCUUCUUCUUCUUCUUCUUCUUCGAAGACAAAAUAUUAGUAUUAUUAUUAAUUAAUUAAUAACUGCCUUAACAACAAAGCAAACAAUUAUAACAACACCAAUGAGUUAUUACAAUCAACAACAGCCACCCGUCGGAACUCCGCCGCCACAAGGUUAUCCGCCGGAGGGAUACGGAAAGGAAGGAUAUCCGCCACCGGGAUAUCCACCACCACCGGGAUAUCCACCACAAGGAUAUCCACCGCAAGGAUAUCCUCCGCCGGGUUAUCCACCGCAAGGAUAUCCACCGCCACCAUACCCAGCGCAAGGUUAUCCUCCUCAGUACGCUCCUCAAUACGCUCAACCACCACCACCUCAUCAUCAUAAUAACAACAACAAUUCAUCGAGCCCUGGUUGCUUAGAAGGCUGUUGUGCUGCUCUCUGCUGUUGCUGUCUAUUGGAUGCCUGCUUCUAAGAAGAGUUUACUCUGCACAGAUUGAAUUGAAGUGUAUUUAGCAUUGAGCUCAAUGAAAAUUGUUUCUAGUUUCUUUCAUGUGUUGCCCCUUGUUGACCGUUUCUUUUUAUAAAUAAGUAACAUGAACUAUUGCUUCUCAAGGACAACUUUGCCAAAUUCAUAGGGCUUUGUAUAGUUAACAAGUUAAAUCCGUAGUUCUUUAAUCUCCUGCUCUCUACCACCUUGUGAAAGCAGAAAGCCAAUGAAAUAAAACAUUAAAAUGGGUUCAAUUGCAGCAA